AUGCUGGAAGAGGAUAAUGAUGAGAUCUGCUGGAAUAACCUGGAGAACUUCCGUGUGAAGCUGAUCUCGGUGAUCGAGCCGUCGCGGAUCACGCCGUACCUGCGGCAGUGCAAAGUGCUCAGCCCUGACGAUGAGGAGCAGGUGCUCAACGACCCCAGCCUGGUCAUGCGCAAGCGGAAGGCAGGUGUUCUCCUGGACAUUCUUCAGCGAACAGGACACAAGGGCUUUGAGGCAUUUAUGGAGAGUCUUGAGCUUUAUUAUCCCCAGCUGUAUAAGAAAAUAACUGGCAAAGAGCCCAGCAGGGUUUUCUCCAUGAUUAUAGACACGGCUGGCGAGUCUGGCCUGAGCCAGGUGCUGAUGAACGAGAUCGUGAAGCUGCAGAGCGCGGUGCAGGAGGAGCGGCGCAAGGCGCAGGAGCUGGCGGGGUGGCUGCACUCCAAGGAGGACACGCUCAGGGAGAUGUGGGUCAGGGACAGCCUGCUCCGCAAGCACCAGGAGCGCGCCCAGAGGAUGAAGGAGGAGAGGGACAGCCUGAGCAAGGAGCUGCGCAAGUGCAAGGACGAGAACUACAGCCUGGCCCUGAGCUACGCCAAGCAGAGCGAGGAGAAGAGCGCGGCCCUCAUGAAGAACAGGGACCUGCUGCUAGAGAUCGAUCAGCUGAAGCACAGCCUCAUGAAGGCUGAGGAUGACUGCAAGCUGGAGAGGAAGCACACCAUGAAGCUGAAACACGCCAUAGAGCAGCGCCCCAGCCACGAGGUGGUGUGGGAGAUCCAGCAGGAGAAGGAGCUGCUCUUGGCCAAGAACCAAGAGCUGGAAAACACUCUCCAGGUUGCCAGGGAGCAGAACUUGGAGAAGAGCCUCUCCAAGGAAACUCUGGAGAAUGAGUGCAGCCAGACCGUGGAAGAGCGCCGGGAGCUGGUGAACACCAUUUACAGCCUGCGCAAGGAGCUGCGCCGGGCCAAGGUGCUCCAGGACAAAUUUGCAGAGGAGAAAGAGGUGCUGGAGCUACAGUGCACAUCUCUGAGGAAGGACUCCCAGAUGUACAAAAAGCGGAUUGAGGCUGUCCUGCAGCAGAUGGAGGAAGUGGCUUCGGAGAGAGACCAGGCUCUCCUGACCCGGGAGCAGUUCCACAUGCAGUACUGCAAGAACCUGGUGGAGAGAGACGCCUACCGCAAGCAGAUCCGCGAGCUGGGCGAGAGAUGUGACGAGAUGCAGCUGCAGCUCUUCCAGAAGGAGAGCCAGCUCCUGGCCACGGAGGCCAAGCUGAAAAGGCUGCAGCUGGAGCUGCCCACUCUGACCUCUGACCUGGAUGACUCCUCCUCCAGAGAUUCCCAGGAACUUGUUCUUCACACUAACCUGGAUGAAGAUACACAGACAGCUAAAAAAGAUUGCCUGGAAGUACAAAACCAGGAACUCAGCCCUCAACAGAGCCAUCUGCCCCCAAAAUCACCAAGUGAGUGUGGCUUGGCCAACGAGGAACUGGCAGAAAAGGAGAGGAGGAGGAUGAAGGACUGCUUUGAGCGUUACCGAAGGUCUGGGCUGCAAAAAAGAGCAAUGAGAAGGGCGCCCAAAGACCGGCACCAUGAGGCGGAUUGGGAGAACACCUCUGGCAGUGACAACACCGACACCGAGGGCUCCUGAGAGAGGGACAGCACCAAAAUCCCUUGGAAAGAGACACCAGGGACACCAAAGGCUCCUCAGGAGUCAAUCUCUGAG